AUGUCGAUAGAUGGAAGCAGGAUGGUCCGAGCCUUGAUGAUCUGCCUGCUGGACAUGAGGAGUGUUUUGCUAAACUCCCCUAAAAAAGGAAGGCUGAUGUCAAGUCUUCGAGAGCUCAAGCCUGAUGAGUUUGGAGAUCGUGAUAUGCUCAGUAAAGUAGUCCGUGCACGAUCUAGCUCACUUGUUGAGAGGCAAAGAGAUGCGGAUGCUCCUUUUCGAAAUUCGAGUCUCAAGCAUGGAGUUGAUUCGACGUCGCAAAUUCCUUUGGAAGUGAGGUUGGCGGAGGCUAGGAAAGCAAGAGAGUCAUCUGCCCGGACAAAAGGUUCUUCUGCAACGUCAGCGACUGAUCCAAAGGUGGACAAAUCUAGCCCUGCAGGGGAUGCAGGCGUGUCUGAUCUGCUAAAGACGCAAUUUCUAUCAAGUCCAUCCUCUUGUGCUGAGCUGUCUUUCCUUGGAAAGCAAAAGGAAGCGACACUUCAUCUGCUUCAAAAGGGAAUAGUUUUUGCUGCUGAGACCAUUCGGAACUCGUCUGCUGUUGCCCCAUCUUCUGUUCAGCUCAGCGAGUUGGAGAAGAAGAAUGCCGAGUUAGUUAGCAAACUUUCCGCCGAGCAGACCCGUUAA